AUGGCGAUUGCCAGCACGAACGUCGCGAAUCGGAAGCUUUUUGUGCGGGGUUUGGCAUGGGAGACUUCCUCAGAGACGUUGCUUGCUGCCUUUGAGCAGUACGGCGAGAUCGAGGAGGGCGCCGUGAUCACGGAUCGGACGACCGGCCGGUCGAGGGGCUUCGGCUUCGUUACCUUCAAGUCGUCCGAGUCCGCUUAUAGAGCUCUCCGCGAACCCACUAAAAUGAUCGACGGCCGUGCUGCCAUGUGCAACCUCGCAGCAGCAGGCCCCACGUCCCACCCAACGGCCACCUCCGUCGCCGCCGCCUCCUCUCACGGUGGCGGCGACAGCGGGUACCAGUACCGGCCGAGUUACUCUAGCGGCGCGGAUCUGGUGUAUCGGAAGCUGUACGUGUGGGGGCUGCACUUCGACACGACGAACGAGACGUUCAAGGACUACUUCUCGCAGUACGGCGAGAUUGAGGAGGGCGCCGUGGCGUUCGACCGCGAGACGCACAAGUCCAGGGGCUUCGGCUUUGUGACAUACCGAUCAGCAGAUGAUGCAAGGAAGGCUCUUGUAGAGCCGACAAAGUUUAUUGAUGGUCGCAAGGUGCAGGUGAAAUACGCCCUUGACGGCACCAAGGAGAAGAACGCGUUUGCUCAAGCGCAGGCCCAACUGCAGCAGCAGCAGCAACUCGCAGCAGCACUCACAGGCGUGGCCCUCCAAAACCCCCUCGCCUUCUCCCCCUACGCCUUCCCUGGCGGUCUCCCAGCCUCCGCCUUUGGUUCGGCCGGGCUUCAAGGAAUGGGGUUCCCGACCGCAGCGACAGCCAUGGCUCCUGCUGAGGACGACGACGGUGAAGCUGCUGAUGAGCCACCGAACGAUGCGCCCGCGCGGACAGGCCUGGAUUUCCUGCGAGCGCUGCACGCGAACCCUCCGCCUGUAGGCGUGACAGAGGUCGGCGAGUCAUCAUCUGCAGCCUCGAAGAAGAGGCGUCGCUUCGCGCAAGCCGUUCUACCGUACGGCACGCCCCCUGCGAAACCGACUCCGACUUCCGCUCCUGUCCAAGCUCCCAAGCGUGUGUCCCGUGAACUCACCGCCGCCGAGAAGGCUGAGGAGAAAUUUCUGAAGGCGCAGCAGCUAUACAUCACGCAGUGGCUGCCGAAGUUUGACGGGCUACUGCUUGACAAGAACGAGGAGGGCCUGCCCAUUCUGCGAUGCAGCAUUUGCGUGGAGCAUGGAAAGGACGACGCGAAGUUCGGACGGAACGGAACGGGGGGACGCGAUCUGCAGCUCGGAUUGAUGCGCUUUCACGAGCUGAGCGGCCGCCACGACGAAGCCAUGAAAAGGCAGCGGACGCUCAUGGCGGAGAUAGAGAAACAGAAGCGGAUCGACGAUUUCGUCAACACCGAUAAGGAGGGCGCGCGGCUUACUCGUCUCAUGCGCGGCGUGGAGUUUAUCUGCGACCAUGACGCACCGAUCGCGAUGUUCCCGAAGCUCAUAUGCUAA